AUGGCGGAAUCGUUCUUGUUCAAUAUCAUUGAACGAGUUUUGGCUAAAGUUUCUUCAAUUGCUGUAUAUGAGAUCAGUCUAGCUUGGAAUGUUAAGACAGAUCUACGGAAACUCCAAAGCACAUUAUCCACCAUCAAAGCUGUACUUCUAGAUGCAAAUGAGAAGCAGGCAAAGAACCAUGAAGUGAGAGAUUGGCUGGAAAAGCUCAGAGAUGUUGUUUAUGAUGUCGAUGAUUUGAUGGAUGAUUUAUCGACACAGCUGUUGCUGCAAAUGCAUUUCCAGAAAAGCUUUGGGAAGAAGGUAAGAAGAUUCUUUUCAAGUUCAAAUCCAAUUAUAUAUCGAUUCAAGAUUGGCAGAAGGGUAAAAGAAAUCAGGGAGUUACUGAAUGAGAUUGCAGAUGAUAGGAAAAGUUUCCACUUCACGGAACAUAAUUAUCUAAUUCCAGCUGAGAAUACAAGUAGAGAACAAACACACUCCUCCGUGAGGGCCUCGGAUAUCAUUGGUAGAGAUGCUGAUCAAGAGAACAUUGUAAAACAGCUGAUAGAUUCUCAUAAUGAGGAAAAUAUAUCUGUGAUUCCUAUUGUUGGACUUGGAGGACUUGGAAAGACCACACUUGUUAAGUUGGUUUAUAACGAUAAUAGGGUAGUUCAGAAUUUUGACCUCAGAAUGUGGGUUAGUAUUUCAGAAGAUUUUAGUCUGAGAAAGAUAAUUGAGAAAAUUCUGAGGUCGGCAACAGGAGAGAGUUUUGACCACCUAGAUAUGGACCAAUUACAAGGCUGUUUGGGCAACGUUUUACGAUUGAAAAGAUAUUUACUUGUGCUGGAUGAUGUGUGGAAUGAAGAUCAACACAAGUGGACGGAUUUGAGGGAGUUGCUGAUGAAUUGUGCUAGCGGUAGUAAAAUUGUUGUCACUACACGCAGUAAGAUGGCUGCUUUGAUUACUGGAACAGUUCCACCUUAUUAUUUGGAAGGUCUUGCUAGUGAUGACUGCUUAUCUUUAUUUCUGAAAUGUGCAUUCGGAGGGCAGGACAAUAUGUUUCCUAAUCUAGUAGAAAUAGGAAAAGAAAUUGUGAAAAAGUGUGGAGGAGUGCCUUUGGCUGUGAAAACCUUGGGAAGGUUGUUGUACACGAAAACAGACGAGAAUGAAUGGUUGCAGAUAAGAGAUAAUGAGAUAUGGGAAAUUGAACAGAAAGAAUCUGACAUUUUACCAAUAUUGAGAUUGAGCUAUGAACAGAUGCCAUCACAUCUAAGACAGUGCUUUGCCUAUUGCUCCAUGUUAUCUAAAGGUCAAGAAAUUCCGAGGGAGGACUUCAUCAAUCGCUGGAUUGCUCAAGGAUUUAUACAGAGUUCAAACAGAAACAGCAAGUUGGAAGAUAUCGGUAAUCAGUACUUUGAUGAGUUGCUAUCAAGGUUUUGCUUCCUAGAUGUGGUACAAGCCUUUGAUGGAGAAAUAUUGGCUUGUAAGAUACACAGUCUUGUGCAUGAUCUUGCACAGUCAGUGGCAGGUGCAGAAUGCUUAAAUGUGAAACCCAAUGCUUUCGUGGUUCCCGAAAGAGUUCGCCACUUAUUUUUUCAUGCAGAAGAUAUGUCUGGGAAACACUUCCCCAAAUUUUUGCUUCCCUUGCGAAAGUUGAGGUCUUUCUCUUAUUCCUUUAACGUUGGACCUGUAAACAAGUUCUUUGUCAAGACAAUAUUGUCAAAUUUCAAACGCCUUCGGAUGUUAGUCUUGAGCAAUCUAGAUCUUGAGGAGUUGCCGACUUCGAUAGGCCACUUGAAGGAAUUGAGAUACCUUAACCUUAGUGGCAGUGGUAACAUCAAGUUUCUUCCAAGGUCUAUGAGCAAAUUAGUAAAUCUGCAGACUCUUAACCUCAUUAACUGUGAACAGCUUAAGGAGUUGCCGAGAGACUUCGCAAAGUUAAUCAGCCUGAAGACCUUGUAUUUGACUACACAACAGAUAUCGGUAGGGAUCAAGUGCAAGAAUCAACAUUCUUUCACUUCUCUUCAAUUUUUGCUUCUUUUCAAAUGUUGUUUCCCAAAAUUGCAGCCAGAACUGGUGCAGCAUUUUACUGCACUUCGAGUUUUGCGUAUCUAUGAAUGCCCAAGUUUAUGUUCUCUUCCAAGCAGUAUUAGAUAUCUGACUUCACUUGAAAAGCUAUGGAUCUGGAACUGUGAAGAACUUGAUUUGAUGGACGGAGAGGGAAUGUCAGGCCUUUCGAGUCUUCGAUCUUUGCUUCUGAUGGGGCUACCUAAGUUGGUAACUCUACCAUUGGAACUAAAAGAUACCGCUCCUGCAACAUCAAAGUACUUCAGAAUCGCCGAUUGUCCCAACCUGGUAGAGCUUCCAGAGUGGCUGCAGAAUUACUCCUCACUUCAGAGACUGUAUGUAGAGGAUUGCCCUGCUUUGGCGUCGAUACCUCCUGGAAUCUACAACCACAAUGUCAAUGUCCAUAUAAUUGACUGUCCAUUGCUAAGUGGAGGAUGCUAA